CGCGCUCCGGCUCCCGGGGGUGUCACCGGCCCCGCUCCCCCCGCCAUGGCCGGGCUCCUGCCGCUGCUGCUGCUCCUGCUGCCGGCGGGCCCCGGGGCUGGCGCCUCCCAGGACGAUUGUGUCUCCAAGCUGUUCACGGCCAGCGGGGAGUGCUGCCGGCUCUGCAACGUGGGCGAGGGCGUGGUGCAGCCCUGCGGGGUCAACCAGACCGUCUGCGAGCCCUGCCUGGACAGCGUCACCUUCUCGGACACGGCCAGCGCCACGGAGCCGUGCAAGCCAUGCACGCAGUGCGAGGGGCUGCAGAGCAUGUCGGCGCCCUGCGUGGAGACCGACGACGCCGUCUGCCGCUGCGCCUACGGCUACUUCCAGGACGAGGCCAGCGGGAGCUGCCGCGAGUGCCGCGUCUGCCAGGUGGGCUUCGGCCUCAUGUUCCCCUGCAAGGACUUGCAGGACACCGUGUGCGAGGAGUGCCCUGAGGGCACCUUCUCCAGCGAGGCCAACUUCGUGGAUCCCUGCCUGCCCUGCACCACCUGCGAGGAGAACGAGGUGCUGGUGCGGGAGUGCACGGCCGUGGCGGAUGCGGAGUGCCGGGGACUCCACCCUCGCUGGACAACGCAGGCCCCGUCCCUGGGGGGCUCUGAGAGCCCCGAGGUGGCCACCAGGGAGCCGCUGAGCACCGAGGGAGGGGCCAGCACGGCAGGGGACACGGCCACCACCGUCAUGGGCAGCUCGCAGCCCGUGGUGACCCACGGCACCAGUGACAACCUCAUCCCCGUCUACUGCUCCAUCCUGGCCGCCGUGGUGGUGGGGCUGGUGGCCUACAUCGCCUUCAAGAGGUGGAACAGCUGCAAGCAGAACAAACAAGGGGCCAACAACCGCCCGGUGAACCAGACACCGUCCCCAGAGGGGGAGAAGCUGCACAGCGACAGCGGCAUCUCCGUGGACAGCCAGAGCCUGCACGAGCAGCAGCCCCCCGGGCAGGGCACCCAGGGGCCAGCUCCCAAGGCCGAGGGCAGCCCUUACUCGGCGCUGCCGGCCAGCAAGCAGGAGGAGGUGGAGAAGCUGCUGGGCAGCUCGGCCGAGGACACGUGGCGGCAGCUGGCGGGCGAGCUGGGCUACAAGGAGGAGCUGAUCGAGUCGUUCACGCGCGAGGAGGCGCCGGCGCGGGCGCUGCUGGCCCACUGGGCCGGCCGCGAGUCGGCCACGCUGGACGCGCUCCUGGCCGCCCUGCGCCGCCUGCAGCGAGGGGACAUCGCCGACAGCCUGGCCAGCGAGUCCACGGCCACCUCGCCCGUCUGAGGGGUGGCCCCACAGGGGGUUGUCCCCCACCCGGUUUUGGUGGGGUGGCCCCGGUGAAGGUCCCGGUUACGGUACCGGUUCCUGAUCUCAAAUCCCGGCUGUGGGAUGGACGGAUGGACAGAUGGACACGGAGAGACCGCCGUGCUCUCAGCCCUCUCCUCUCCUCUCCUUCCAGCCCUUUCUCCAUGGGGCUCCUCUUCCUCCUGCCCAUUUCCCUCUGGCACCCCCAAAUCCGGCAGGUUUCCCCCCAAUCUGGGGGCCCUGGGGACUCCAAGGGGCUGGGGGAGGGGACCCGGCUCCCCACACUGUGAAAUUUGGGGUGCAGCCCCCCCAGAGCUCCGCUGGGAUUUGGGGGGAGCAGCCGGGACCACCCCAGCCACCGAGGAGCAGAUUUUGGGGUGCCACGACCCCCCCCCGUGGGGGCUGCAGGGGACACUGAGGGGACACCGAGGGGACAUUGAGGGGACACUGAAGGUGGAAAGCGCUGACCAAGUGCCUGCCCCCGUGGGGACACCCCCAGGGCUCCGCUCCUCCCUCCCGCCCUGUCCCCAAGCUGCAGGGACCAGGCCAGGCCACCCUGCCACCACUGCACUGUCCCCGCUGUCCCCGAGCUGGGCCAGGCCACCCUGCCACCACUGCACUGUCCCUGCUGUCCCCGAGCUGGGCCAGGCCACCCUGCCACCACUGCCCUGUCCCUGCUGUCCCCGAGCUGGGCCAGGCCACCCUGCCACCACUGCACUGUCCCCACUGUCCCCACCCUGCUGAAAGGGCUCCUGCUGUGCCAGCACUGUGAAGGGUGGCUCAGGAAUGUCCCCACAGGUCCCUCUGUCACCUCCCGGGGAGGUGACAUCACUCAAAGCGUGUUUGGGGUCUGCCUGGGUGAGCUGGAGCUGCCACCAGCCUGGGGAUGUCCCCUGGGUUGUCACCAACCUGGGGAGUGUCCCCUGGGCUGUCACCAGCCUGGGGAUUGUCCCCUGAGCUGUCACCAGCCUGGGGAUGUCCCCUGGGCUGUCACCGGCCUGGGGAUGUCCCCUGAGCUGCCACCAGCCUGGGGAUGUCCCCUGAGCUGUCACCAGCCUGGGGAGUGUCCCCUGAGCUGCCACCAAGCUCCCAGCAAUGUCCCCAAGGCCAGGUAUGGGCACUGCCCCGGGCCAGGUGUGGCCGAUCCCUCCCCUCUGGAUUCAUCCCAAAAUUCCUCCCUGAAGGCAGAAUGGGAUUUUCCCAGAACUGGAUUUUCCCAGAACUGGAUAUUCCAGGAAUGGGAUUUUCCCAGAACGGGAUUUUCCGGCCCUCCCGGAGGAGAGAUCUGUAAAUAGGAUUUGGUGUUUGACCCAGUGCUCGAUGUGACCCCCUUGGGGACAGCCCUGUCCCCUCUCCACUUCCAGCUGGGAAUUCCCAUCCCAACCCUUCGGUCCCACCUCGUUUCUGGCCCUAAAGGCUCCACGGGGAGGCAGAGGAACGUUCACCCCAAAACCCCACAGCGGGGUCGGGGUGUGCCCGGCAGAGCUCGGAGACUCCCGGGGGCCGGAGCUGCAUCCAUGGGAUGGCAGAUCCCCCAGAAUGUUCUGGAAAUUUCCCUCCCUGUUGAGCUCUUUAUAAUGGAGAAUUCAGGCUGGGAUUUGGGGGAUUCCAGAUCCCCCAGAAUGUUCUGGAAAUUUCCCUCCUGGUGUGCUCUGGGUGAUGGAAAACCCAGGCUGGGAUUUGGGGGAUUCCAGCACCCAGAUCCUCCAGAAUGUUCUGGAAACUUCCCUCCCUGCUGCGCUCUUUAUAAUGGAGAACCCAGGCUGGGAUUUGGGGGAUUCCAGAAUGUUCUGGAAAUUUCCCUCCUUGUUGUGCUCUGGGUGAUGGAGAACCCAGGCUGGGAUUUGGGGGAUUCCAGAUCCCCCAGAAUGUUCUGGAAAUUUCCCUCCUGCUGUGCUCUGGGUGAUGGAGAACCCAGGCUGGGAUUUGGGGGAUUCCAGAAUGUUCUGGAAAUUUCCCUCCUGGUGUGCUCUGGGUGAUGGAGAACCCAGGCUGGGAUUUUGGGGAUUCCAGCAUCCAGAUCCCCCAGAAUGUUCUGGAAAUUUGGGGGAUUCCUGCCAAGAUCCCUUGGGAAGAGCCCCCCCUGGGGCUGAAAAUCCCAAAUCCCGGUCCCAAACUCCUCCCACCACCCAAAUCCGAGGAAAUUUGCCCCAAAUUUCCAACCCCGCUCACGGUGGGCACCUCUGGGCUGGGAACCCCCAGCUCCUGCCAGAGCGAGCCACACGAGGGGACGGAUUUGGGGUGGAUUUGGGAUGGAUUGGGAUGGAUUUUGGGGAUGGAUUUGGGGUGGAUUUGGGGAUGGAUUUGGGGAUGGAUUUGGGAUGGAUUUGGGAUGGAUUUGGGGUGAAUUUGGGAUGGAUUUGGGACAGAUUUGGGAUGGAUUUGGGAUGGAUUUUGGGGAUAAAUUUGGGAUGGAUUGGGGAUGGAUUUGGGGUGAAUUUGGGAUGGAUUAGGGGUGAAUUUGGGAUGGAUUUGGGGGAUGGAUUUUGGACUAAUUUUGGGGUGGAUUUGGGAUAAAUUUGGGGGAUGAAUUUUAGAUGUAUUUGGGAUGAAUUUUGGAUGAAUUUGGGAUGGAUCUGGAAUGGCUUUUGGACUAAUUUUGGGAUGGAUUUGGGGGAUUAAUUUGGGAUGGAUUUGGGGUGAAUUUGGGAUGAAUUUGGGAUAGAUUUGGGGUGAAUUUUGGGGAUGGAUUUGGGGUGAAUUUGGGAUGGAUUUGGGAGAUGAAUUUGGGAUGGAUUCAGGAUAGAUUUGGGAUGGAUUUGGGGUGAGUCUGGAAUGGAUUUGGGAUCAAUUUUGGAUGAAUUUGGGAUGGAUUUUGGAUGAUCUUGGGAUGGGUUUGGGAUGAAUUUUGGACUAAUUUUGGGAUGAAUUUUGGACUAAUUUUGGGAUGAAUUUUGGACUAAUUUUGGGAUGGAUUUGGGAUGAAUUUUGGGAUGGACUUGGGAUGAAUUCAGGAUGGAUUUGGGAUGGAUUCCAUCACUGGCCACCCUCAGGUAUUUCCCAUUGUUCUGGGUUUUUUUGGAAAGCCACUCCAGGACAAACUGAGCUGCCCAAACCCAAACUGAAUUUCCUGGAGGAUCCAGCCCAGCCCGGCCUCUCCCUCCGGGAAUUCCGUUCCUCAGGACAUCCCUGCCUCACCCUCAGGUUUCCAUUGCCACGGGAAGGGAUUUCAGCACCCCCCAAUCCCAAAAAUCAGAUUUUUCAGGGUUGAGGGAACGGGGACAAACUCAGCAUCCAAAGAGGAGCCGGGGGCUGCCUCAAACCCCCCUGGCUGAGGGGAAAAAAAUGAAAUAAAAAUUAAAAAAAACCCAAAAAAAAGCCCAAAAAAGCCACCAAAACCCCAAAGCCAGGAGGGAAACCCAAGCCAAAGUCAGAGCUCGUUUCGUGUCGUACCAAGCCCGUGUGUUGCUCCACUCCCCACUCUGUAAUUCCAGGGCCGAUUUCGUAGGAAGUAGAAGGAUUUGGGGGGGUCUGGGGGGGUCUGGGGGCAGCAUGA